UAGCUGAAAUCUCUUGCUGUUUCGAUAGAAAUAUAUAUUUUUAUGUUAGUGAGAACUAGGUUUAGGCAGUUCUGUUGGUCAUUUUAAUUUUUUGGGUACAAAAAAAAAGAAAAAGAAAAGAAAAAAGAUUAAAAUGUGCAGCCGUUGUAUAUUUUUGCUAAUGUUAGACGUAAAGUAGUGCUGUAACUGUGUGUAACUAUAAAAGUUUAAGGCUUCAAUCAACUUGAAAUUUAGGAAAUAGUGUGUUGACUUAAAAGUUAAGAAUCUAAAUAGGCUAGGUCAGUGGGUGGCUGGACUAAGUAGAAAAACUGAACUUCGAUUAGUUGUAAUUUGAAAGAAGAUGGGAGGAGGGGAUUUGAACUUGAAAAAGUCAUGGCAUCCAUCAACACUUAGGAAUAUUGAAAGAGUUUGGAAAGCUGAACAACAGCAUGAAGCAGAACAAAAGAAAAUUGAACAGCUUCAGAAAGAGCUGGAAGAAGAACGAGCUAAAGAGGAGAUCCAACAAUUUGCAGAGGACACAGGAGUUAUAAAAAAAAAACAGGAUCGAUUGGAUUGGAUGUACCAAGGUCCAGCUGCUCUUGUUAAUCGGGAGGAUUAUCUAAUGGGUCGACACGUUGACAAAACAUUUGAGAUCUUGCAACAAGCUGAAGAGGAGAAAGAAGCAGAAAACAGAAAUG